CCAAAACAUAGUGUUUCUUUACUUUUGAGGACAAACACACACUUCUCUCCCCAUAAAAAAAAUCCUCUCAAUAAAGAUGGAGCAAGAAAUGGAGAAGGGAAAGGAAAGUGAAGAAAAAUGGGUGCAUGAUACUUCUGUGGACUAUAAAGGAAGAGUUCCUCUCCGUGCUUCCACUGGUGUAUGGAAAGCCUCCCUCUUUGUCCUCGCAAUUGAAUUUAGUGAAAGGUUGAGCUACUUUGGAAUAGCCAACAAUCUCAUCUCGUACCUUACAAAAGUGAUGCAUGAAGACCUCAAAACUGCAGCCAAGAAUGUAAACUACUGGUCAGGAACGACAACUCUAAUGCCUCUGGUUGGGGGAUUUAUCGCUGAUGCUUACACUGGUCGAUUUUAUAUGGUUCUGUUCUCCGCUUUUGUAUACCUCAUGGGAUUAAGCCUGUUGACGAUGUCUCAAUUCAUCCCAAGUAUAAAGGCUUGCAACACUAGUAUAUGCCAACAACCAAGGAAGGUUCAUGAAGUGAUUUUCUACCUUUCCCUUUACUGUAUCGCCUUAGGCACAGGAGGAUACAAGCCAUGCUUGGAAAGCUUUGGAGCUGACCAAUUUGAUGAUGAUCACUUGGAAGAAAGGAAGCAGAAGAUGUCUUUCUUCAACUGGUGGUUCUUUGGACUGUGCUUUGCAUUGCUACUUGGUGCAACAGUGAUUGUUUAUGUUCAAGACUUUGUCAGCUGGGGAGUUGCUUGCCUAGCCAUUGCUAUUAUUAUGGCUAUCACUAUCAUAGCUUUCUGUGUGGGAAAAUCAUUUUACAGGUACAGAAGGCCAGAAGGAAACCCUUUAACACCAAUUUUACAAGUCUUAAUUGCAGCAGUAAGGAAAAGAAAUUUGUCUUGCCCUUCAAAUCCUGCUUUAUUGUAUGAGGUCCCAGAGUCAGAAAGGUCCCAAGGAAGGCUUCUAAAACACACUAGCAGGCUCAGGUUUCUUGACAAGGCUGCAAUAAUUGAAGAGAAAAAUGGUGAGCGGAAGGAGAGUCCGUGGAGAUUAGUAACAGUGACAAAAGUCGAAGAAACAAAACUCGUUCUAAAUUUAGUUCCCAUAUGGUUAACAUCAUUGACAGUUGGAGUAUGUGUGGCUCAAGGCACAACAUUGUUUGUGAAACAAGCAGCUGUUACUAACCUAAAGAUAAGUAAGAACUUCAAAAUCCCAGCAGCUUCCAUGGCCUCUGUUUCAGCGGUCGGCACCAUAGUUGCUGUCCCAAUAUAUGAUAGGAUUAUCGUUCCAAUUCUGAGGAAAGUGACUGGUAACGAAAGAGGCAUCAGCAUCCUUAAGAGGAUCAGCAUCGGCAUGACAUUAUCUGUUAUGCUCAUGGUUGUUGCAGCCUUAGUAGAAGCAAAGAGACUAAGAAUGUCUACUAAGCACCAUACAAUGAGCGUUUUUUGGUUGAUACCCCAAUACUUAAUCCUUGGGGUUGGAGAUUCAUUUUGCCUAGUGGGUUUGCAAGAGUACUUCUAUGAGGAAGUUCCUGACUCAAUGAGAAGCUUAGGAAUGGCUUUGUAUCUGAGUGUGCUUGGAGUAGGAUUCUUCUUAAGCAGUUUUCUAAUAAUCAUGGUGGACCAUCUGACAGGGAAGAAUGGUAAGAGUUGGAUAGGGAAGGACAUAAAUUCAAGUCGUCUAGAUAGGUUUUAUUGGAUGUUGGCUAUCAUAAACGCUUUUGUUUUUGAAGAUGAGAAAUGGGUGCAUGAUGCAUCUGUGGAUUAUAAGAACAGAGUUCCUCUACGUUCUUCCACCGGUGCAUGGAAAGCUGCUCUUUUUGUCCUCAUAAUUGAGUUUAGUGAAAGGAUGUGCUACUUUGGGAUAUCCAACAAUCUUAUCAUGUACUUGACCCAAGUGAUGCAUGAAGACCUAAAAACAGCGACCAAGAACGUAAACUACUGGUUAGGAGCAACAACAUUGAUGCCUCUGAUUGGGGGAUUUGUUUCAGAUGCCUACACAGGUCGAUUUCAUAUGAUUAUCUUUUCUUCCCUCGUAUACCUCAAGGGAAUAAGCCUGCUGACUAUGUCUCAACUCAUUCCAAGUCUAAAACCAUGCAACAAUGAGAUAUGUGAUCGAACAAGGAAGGUUCAUGAAGUGGUUUUCUUCCUAGCCCUUUACUGCAUCGCCUUGGCUACUGGAGGAUUCAGACCGUCCUUACAAAGCUUUGGUGCUGAUCAAUUUGAUGACGAUCACCUUGAAGAACGAAAGAAGAAGAUGUCUUUCUUUAACUGGUGGUCUUUUACACUGUGCUCUGGAAUGGUGUUUGGGGUAACAAUGGUUGCCUAUGUUCAGGACUUUGUUAGCUGGGGAGUUGCUUUUCUCAUUCUCACUAUCUGUAUGGCUUUAACUAUCAUUGUUUUCUAUAUGGGGACGCCUUUUUAUAGGUACAGGAGGACAGAAGGAAACCCUUUAAUGCAAAUUCUUCAGGUCCUUACUGCAGCUAUUAGGAAAAGGAAUUUGAUUUGUCCUCUAAAUCCUGCUUUAUUGCAUGAAAUCCCAAAGUCGGAGAAUUCCCUUGAAGAUACAGAGGAGAAAGAGAAUCCAUGGAGAUUAGCAACAGUGACAAGAGUGGAGGAGACAAAGCUUAUUGUGAAUGUUGUUCCCAUAUGGUUAACUACAUUAAUAAUAGGUGUAUGCAUAGCUCAGAGCCAGACACUGUUUGUCAAACAAGCAGCUGCUAUGAACUUAAAUAUAGGUCACAAUUUCAAAAUCCCAGCAGCUUCCAUGGUGUCUGUUACCGCUAUUUGCACUAUGAUAUCUGUCCCAACAUAUGAUAAGAUUAUUGUGCCAGUUCUGAGGAAAGUCACAGGUAACGAAAGAGGCAUCAGCAUCCUAAGGAGGAUUGGCAUAGGCUUAACAUUGUUACUCAUAAUCAUGGUUGUUGCUGCCUUGGUAGAAAGAAAGAGAUUAAGAAUGGUUGGACAUGAAGUUGUGACAGAAGGGGGAAGAAAGCAUGAGACUAUGAGUGUGUUGUGGUUGGUACCCCAAUACUUGAUGAUUGGAAUUGGAGGAGAUACACUUUCGAUAGUUGGUUUACAAGAGUAUUUCUACGACCAAGUUCCUGACUCGAUGAGAAGCUUGGGAAUAGCUUUAUAUCUGAGUGUGUUUGGAGUAGGAUACUUCUUAAGCAGCUUUCUGAUAAUAAUUGUGGACAAUGUAACGGGGAAGAAUGGCAAAAGUUGGAUUGCAAAGGAUAUAAAUUCAAGCCGUCUAGAUUUGUUUUAUUGGUUGUUGGCCAUCAUAAAUGCUCUAAAUUUGUGUCUCUUUAUAUUUUUGGCAAAAAGGUAUACUUAUAAGACUGUGCAGAGGAAAAAGGAAAUUGAUGGUAACAGUGAUGUGGUGGAGAUAAUGGCAUCUUAAGAGCACCCAGAUGCUCUAUUUUCUACUAAAACUUAUAAGAUUAUGUAAUAUGGUAUUCCCUUGGUAUAUGUAUCUGAACUUUGAUGUAUUGCUCAAUAUUUAUUGUUCAA